AUUCGUGUAACGUCUCCAAUAUAGAAAAAGAAUCCCAAAAAUGUUCCUCCCCCAUUCUCUUUAAACCCUAGAUCUCCUAUGCCCACUUCCCCAACAAUUAAGAAUGAACUACCACCACGAACCGGUGUUACCUGUUUAUUUCUCCGCCACCACCACCCACACUUCGCCAUCGUACCAGUGACCGCCAGCUACACUUGCAUCUCCUCUGUCUGCCUCCAUCUUCAAUCGUUGCUAGAAUAAGCAGAAACAGUUUCAGUAGAAGAGUAACUUUGAAGGAGAACGGGAUAUGGGUUCUAUGAGUAAAAGUUUGGAUUUCUUUGCUUUACUACCUCGUAUCUAAAGUCACACCCGUCUUUAUGCUUGAAUUCUCAGUCUCAGAUUUAAACUUCUCUUUUUCGCUUCAUUGCUCGAUCUCAGAUCUGAUCUUAUGAUUUUUUCCAUUAGUUUUUAUUUUGUUUAAUCGAUUCUCAGUUUUUAUCAGUUUUUGUGCUUCAACUCUUAGCCUUAGAUUCAAUUCAGUCUCUAGAUAGAACUUUCAAAGGAAUAUGUUUCUUGCUGAGCAUUGGUAAUGGUCUGUUUCUAUCUAUCUAUUCUUGAGAUAUAGUAAUUAUUGAUAAAUUCUUUAUUUUCAUCUACAUUUAAUCUAUCAUUAAUGGUGUAUAAAUGUUUGCAUAAAAUCAUCUAUUCUUUUUGGAUUUUCUUUGACUAUACCCCUCUUCGUAAUAAAAAGACAUGCUGCUAACUCAAAGGUUUACUCUCCAUGGUAUGAAUGAGCGUGGGGUUUUUGAUUUAGUUCAAUUCACACACACACACACAUCACUACAUCUGAAUUGAUGGUGUUGUAGAAUUUUAUCUUAAAUUUUUUGUUUUUUUGCAGGUUACAUACUCUUUUUUCAUGAAAACUACACAUAUUCCCCCUUACCAGGAUUGACAUUUCUUUUACUCAGAGAGUUAAAUUUAUGGUUUUGCUCCCAAAAAGAGUUAUCUUGCUAUAUUAGUUAUUCUUUUUAAGCUUAUUAAUAGUUUUGAUCCCUAUUACAAAGAAAAAGAUUGUCUUUAGGGCUGUGUGGGUUAGGGAGGUGGUGCCAUAUAAACCUAGUAAUAAUAAAAGAAUGAAAUACAUGUUCAUAAAAGGUGUAUGUUUAGAGUUCCUGAAGGUGAUUGACUAUUUAACUUUUCACUAAUUUUUUCUUUGUUUGGCUUGGUUGUAGGUUUUAACAUUGAUUUCUCAUAUAUAAAUUUGAUGAAUUUAAGUCAUUUAAUGUACAAGCUUCAAUGGAUUAAAAGAGAGCUUUGGAUGAUUUUUUGUUCAUUGAUAGUGCAGGUAGUAAAUAUUGAAGCCGCCAUUGCUUAUUGGGUUUGGAGUUUAGUAAUAGUGAAAUUUAUAAAGCUCUUGAUAGUUGGUUCAAUGACCUACCUACUCUUCUCAUCUGGUGUUAAAAUCUAUCUCGAAGUUGCUUCCAUUGGUUUUUCAUUCAGUUAA